ACACGGCCAUCGUGUGAGCCGCACACACAGCACAGAGAUAACCAGAGACAUUCUUGUGGCGGCAUAAGCAGCAACCAGCACAAGGAUUUUCCCCAUCAUUAUGGGCCAACCACUGACUGGCGUUGGUCCCAGGAACUGGACGCUGUGCGGUGCCGUACUGCUCUUCAUUCUGCAGCUAUUCCAAACCUCCGAUGCACUGCAUCACACCGAGGAGGGACUCGAGUUGCUCUUUCGUGAACGCUCACAAUCGGACUGGGAGAAUGUGUGGCAUCAGGAGACGCAUUCCCGUUGCCGGGACAAGCUCAUACGUCAGCUGUAUUGGGCCUGCGAGAAGGACAUUUAUCGUCUGACGCGACGCAAUCGCAAGCGGACGGGCAACGAUGAGGCCUGGCUCAAGCAGAGCUCCGCCACGAAACGUGAGUCCAAAGAUGCGCCAUGGAGCCGGCCAAAUCCUUCACUGAAAAUAAUUUCAGCUGGAACGCCACCAUCGACUUGGCUGCACGUCAACUAUGCCAAUAUGUUCCUGAGGACACGUCGCUCCAAUGCUCCAUCGAUCACAAAUGAAUGCUGCACCAAGGCUGGCUGCACCUGGGAGGAGUAUGCCGAAUAUUGUCCCUCCAAUAAGCGGCGCAAUCAUUAUUGAUUUCCCCUAUAGAUACUAUUUUUUUUUUUUGUUGUUGUAUCGUUUGUCGUUUGUCGUUUGUCGUUUGUCGUUGUUGUUUUUGUUGUGGUUCUUGUUGUUGUGGCUGUUGCUGUUGCUGUUGCUUGGGUGUGCGUAAAGCGUAAAUAAAUAAAGUUUAUGGAUCGCCAAGGUUCACAAUAAAAAACAAGAAGAAUAAGUAACUCUUACUAAGUUGAUCUAGAUUUCUAUACAUGCUACGAGUAUAUAAGUAUAUAUAUAUACGUAUGUA